UUAUUAGCGCCAACUACCGUGUGCAGCUCAAAGUCGUUGUCGAAAUGCUGAAAUACAUUCAGACCUAGAAGGUAUCUAUUGUACGUAUUCUGCAUGUCAUCUAAAGACAAGGAUCCAUGUAAGCUGUUUGCCUGUAAGCUGCAAAAGUGUUUGAAAGAAAAUGUCUACCAGCCCGCUCGAUGUCAAUCUGUAAUAGAAGAAAUAAGGCAGUGCUGCAUAAUACAUGCGUCGAAUUCCAUCGUAUGCAGUGGAAUAGACACCUCCCAACCCUACGAGCACAAUACCAUUGAUUAUCAGUCCAAAAAACUUCAGAAGUAAUGACCAAAUCGUGGACUCCACCAAAUAGAAAACGACAAGUACUUG